AUGGCCAACAAAACAUCUUUCAUCUCAUUCAGGCACAACUUCUACCGAAAGAAGAUACAGUUGACAGAGGAAUGCCUCCAGGCAUUUGUGGACGUGACACAAAAAGGAUGGCUGGGAUGCCACCUCCAGCACUUAACCGUAAUGGACAUGCCAGCGGGCGAUGUCCAGAUUUUAGCCGAGCAACGAGCCGUAACCCUUCUGCGACGGGCUUUGACGAAUCUGCUCGUCAACUCCGGACAUGGACUCCUACAAUCACUGACUCUCACGAUCGAAACAGAGGCAAAUACCGAAGCACCCUGGAGGAGCGUCUGGGAGGCGGCAGCGACGCUCUUUCGGGUCACUACAGUAGCCCUUGGCAGGAGCAAAUUACACGUGGAAGCAUUGGACAUAUUCUGCAGUAUCGAUCGCUGCAGCUUGGCAUGUGGCGAGAUUGCGAAAGUGUGCAAGAGGGUGAACAUGUCCGAAUCUCUGAAGAACAUCAAGACCAUAUCACUAAGCCUGUCGCAUCAACAAACGAGGAGACAGCCGAACACUCAUAUGCUCCCUGCUGCGAUUGGCCGAGGCAACACCCACGCUAUAACCUGCUUAUUGAACAUGUGCCCUAAGCUCGAAUCUCUUCACCUGCACUGGUACAACCUGGAACUGGUCAACCUGACCCAGGCACAGAAGGAAGAGCAGCACUUCUUCGAUCGAAUCGCGGACUCCUGUCCGAUUGCGCGCUUGAAGCAGUGCACACUGCAAGGAAUCUACACAUCUGAGGAAAAGCUGCACUAUUUCCUUCGUCGCCGGCGCCUCCGCAGCCUGACUAUGGAACAGAUACGCCCCGACUCGGGUAGCUUUCAACCCAUUUUCGAAUAUCUAUCAUUGAACAUGAGAAGGCUGCGAUAUCUCCACUUUGAUGACUUUUGGGAAGAUAAAUUGCUCUACUUCGAUGGCCCAGGGCAGCCACACUUCCCGAGUACUAACGGCCCCAACCUACCUAAUUCCAUAACGAGAAACGGGCGCGAAACACGCAGGCUUAUCCGGUAUUGCUUCAGUGUCGGCGGGUCACUAGUCAGUGCCGGUUGUAGACAAUGGAUGGAGAAACAUUGGCGUCUUUACGGACCUCAAAGAGCGGUUUACGCGUGA